UGCUAAAAUUAUCAGCCCAACUUACUUCGACAUUCAUUUCUUGGUGUUUGCUAGGGUUUAUGCUUCCAAGGUUUUAGAGAAAAACAAAAAAAACAGAAGAAUCGCUAAUUUUUAGCCAACAAUGGAUCCUUCAUCUUUCAACUCCCCUGAACUGCAGAAUCUUCUUGAGCAAGAAAAGCAGAGAGCCAUGGUUAAUGAGAUGGUAGCGAAAUUGACAAGCUCCUGCUGGGAUAAAUGCAUCACCAGUACACCAGGAAGCAAGUUCAGUUCCAGUGAAGCAACCUGCCUUAAUAAUUGUGCCCAACGAUAUCUUGAUAUGAGCGUAUUGAUUAUGAAGCGCUUCCAAUCUAUGCAGUAGAGUAGGCGGACAGAUCUUGACCUGUCGUGAUUACCUUCUCACUUUUGUUAUCACCGUGCAAUGAAUAUUCAUUUGAUAAUGCAAGAAACUGUUUACUUGUUGAGAAAUAUGUAUACUCUCUGCUACAUAAUUGCUGCUGCUUUGAAGAACUCUAAUGAAACAUAUGUAUUCAGUCACAACUCACUCUUUUUCCUUUUAAUACAGCAACGGUAAUUUGUAGA